CCAGUAUAUUCUAAUGAUUCGUGUUCACCUUAUUUCCAGAAGGAUUCUCAAAGUGCGAAAUUGAAAUAGCGAAGGUGUCUCUGUUCCAUAAAAACAUAUGAAGCAUCUUAUUUUGAAAUUUUUAUGCAAUUAAUAUUUGUAAAAUUGAUCGACAAUCGAAGUUAAAUUAUUCUUUGAGGAAAUUUGACGUCGAGCAACUUUUUUAUAUUAUAAUCAUCCAUAAUGGUUUCGACAUGGGAAGAUUUCUAUGCGAAGCAUCCACCUCCUCAGGAUUUGGAGCAAAAUGAACAGGCAUUGAAAGAAUUCACCAAGAAGCAUUUCGAAGCGGGUAACAAAGUGGUAUUGGUAACGAGCGGAGGUACAACGGUACCUUUAGAACACAAUACAGUAAGAUUUGUAGACAAUUUCAGUGCAGGCACAAGAGGAUCAGUUUCAGCAGAAUACUUUUUGGAGCAUGGAUAUGCAGUUAUUUUUAUGUAUAGAAUCAAAUCCUUGGAACCAUUCUCAAGACAUUUUAUGGGACAGAAAUUUUUAGAUUUACUUCAACUAUCAGACAAUGAGAAUCCUGUUAUUACAGUCUUACCAGAAUAUACACAGAAGGUAGCAAUAGUAUUGCGAAAAUAUAGAGAGGCAUUUGAUCAAAACAAAUUGUUGCAACUUACUUUUACAACUCUCUCCGAAUAUCUCUGGCUGCUUCGAUCUGCCUGUCAAGCAUUAGCGCCUUUGGAGAAUAAAGCUAUUUUAUAUUUAGCAGCAGCAGUUUCAGAUUUUUACAUUCCUUCCAAUGAGAUGUCAGUACACAAGAUUUCUUCGACUGGACCACCAACUAUAUCUCUUCAAUUAGUACCAAAGAUUUUAGCUCCAUUAGUUAGUUUAUGGGUACCAAAGGCAUUUGUAAUUUCCUUUAAAUUAGAAACCGAUGAAAGCUUGCUGAUUUCUAAGGCAAGGACUGCCCUCAAUAAGUAUCAUCAUAAUCUUGUAAUAGCUAACAUAUUGCAAACUAGAAAGCAACAAGUGAUAAUUGUUAGCAAGGAAAAUAAUUACGUUCUAUCUCUUACAAACGAACAGUUAAAUAAUGGUAAUGAAAUUGAACAAUUAAUCGUAAAUGAUCUCGUUGAGAAGCAUGCAAAGUUUAUACAGUCUAAAGAAAUUAGUUGAUUAACUUAUUUUUUUAAGCUAAUACUUAAUAUAUUUUAAUUAAUUUUAUUUAUAAGAUAUACAUUUUGAAAGUGAAAAGAUGUUACAAUAUCACAAUUAGAUGAGGUUUGAUAUAAUAGAAUAUUUAAUAC